GCUCCACCAUCCUCGUCAUCAGCCACCGAGCACCCCUAGGCACCGCCCAACGCCCAAAAUUCGGCUAUUCGGUUUUCUGUACGCUUAUAAAAAAUCUUUAUUCAAUUCUCGAUGAAGAACGCAUUUACAGGGAUUUAGUUUGAACUAUGACUAAGUAUAGGGACUAAACUAUAGAUAUUUAUAAAAUAUAGAUAUUACAACACUUCAAACUAAUUAACUUGCCCAACACAAAGGCAAAACACACCGCCUCCUCCCUUCCUUCUUCUAAUUCACCUCCCGCUCCACUCCUCGUCAUCAGCCACCAAGCACCCCCAGGCACCGCCCAACGCCCAUCAGCUACCAAGCACCCCCAGGCACCGCCCAACGCCCAUCAGACACCACCAGGUGCGGUCUCCGUCCAAGCUUCAAGGUGCGGUCUCCGUCCAAGCUUCAAGUUGCGGUCUCCGGACCAGUACUCUGUAGAAAGAAAAAAGAAGAUAGAGGGAGACCCCUCUGUGAUUUCAACAACUCUUUUUCUCUCCUAACUUCUCCUUUUCAUUCAAGAAAACAUCUAUGCUUUUCAAUUUCCUCAUCUUACAAUUUCCCCAUCUUAAUCCCUUUUGUUAUGUAGUACUCUGUAGAAAGAAAAAAGAAGAUAGAGGGAGACCCAUCUGUGAUUUCAACGAACAAAGUCUUUGAGAUCUGCCCACUUCGCUUACAGGAAUCCACAAAAGAAAAGAAAAACAAUAAAGCAACGUGUAUUCUGUUGAUGGCAGAGCAGUGAAAGAUUGAUGCCACAAGAGUAGAGUGCUAUAAAUACCCGACGCAUCUCCUUCCAUGGAAGCCAUAAGAAAUUAAUCAGCAUUCAUUUGACGACUCAGACUGUACCUGCUUACGAGUGGAUUUACUGUGAAAAAAUGUCAAGGGACAGAGAUCCUCUGAGCGUUGGCCGUGUUAUAGGGGACGUGCUGGACCCCUUCACAAAGUCUAUCUCCCUCAGGGUCACUUACAGCUCCAGAGAGGUCAACAAUGGUUGCGAGCUCAAGCCCUCUCAGGUUGCCAACCAGCCUAGGGUUGAUAUUGGCGGGGAAGAUCUAAGGACCUUCUACACUCUGGUUAUGGUGGACCCUGAUGCACCCAGCCCAAGUGACCCCAGCCUAAGAGAAUAUUUGCAUUGGUUGGUGACUGAUAUUCCAGCAACAACUGGGGCAAGCUUUGGCCAUGAAACUGUGUGCUAUGAGAGCCCGAGGCCGACAAUGGGAAUUCAUCGGUUUGUUUUCGUCUUGUUUCGGCAACUGGGCAGGCAAACUGUGUAUGCCCCUGGGUGGCGCCAGAACUUCAACACCAGAGACUUUGCUGAGGUCUACAAUCUUGGAUCGCCAGUGGCUGCUGUUUAUUUCAACUGCCAGAGGGAGAGUGGCUCUGGUGGUAGGAGGCGAUAACAGGAAGAUAUCCCUUUAAAUAUAUAUUCCCAUGUUGGAAAGACUGAAAACAAGUCUAUAAAUAUUGUAUUGCUGCAUAUACUGUCCUAUCAUCUAGCUUCCCCUAUUAUAUUCCUGCCUACUUGUAGCAAAAACACCUAAUCACGUCAAGGUAUCAAUAAAAUAUGAUAUUAUUAUUGUUAUAA